AUGUUCUUUUCCAAAGUCCUUCUCCCAGCAGUCUUUGCGCUGGCUGCCUCGGCCCUCCCGCAAUUCUACCCCGGUGGCAGCAUGGCCUGGACUGCUCCAACUACCACCUCCAGCGCGAGCUUCAGCACCACCACUACUUCCACCAGCACCAGCACCAGUGCCAGCGCUAGCGCCAGCGCCAGUAUCACCAGCAGCAGCAGCAGCAGCGUCCAGAUUGUGAACAACCUCGACACUACUGUCUACCUAUGGUCCACCUCCGAUACCUCCAGCGCCGUGCAAACCAUCGCCUCCGGUGAGACCUACUCCGAGAUCUACCAGAUCAACUCCAACGGCGGCGGAAUCUCCAUCAAGAUGGCCACCACCGAGAGCGAGGCCAGCGUCCUCCAGUUCGAGUAUACCAAGGACAGCGACACACUCUACUGGGACCUGUCAGCAAUUGAUCUGGGCUCGGAUUCGGAAUUCAUCACAGCGGGAUUCUCGGCGACACCUAGUGACUCGAGUUGCUCAUCCGUGACUUGUGCGGCGGGGGACAGUGACUGCAGCGAGGUGUAUCAGGAGUCGGAUGAUGUUGCUACGCAGAGCUGCUCGGCUACUGCGGGAAUUACGGUCACAUUGGGCUGA